AUUAACAUUUAUUGCUACUUUGGGAAAACUCGAUUACACCACCACCGCGCGCACUGCAAUGCCAUUGCACAGCCGCCAUUUUAUGAGUCGCGCCUGGGCACUUAUGGCAUCAUCAGGACCUCGAGGGGAUGAUCCGGGGGCGGAUUGGGUUGGACACAAGGAUGGCAGGAUGGCAGGAUGGCUGAAGAGCUGGAGAGCUGGCAGUCCUCGUAAAACGGAUUUUGCGCUUAGUCAGGAUGCGUGCAGCAGUUUUAUGGACGGCCCCGGCACUCGGAAAACGUAUACAGUUUUCCAUUUACAACCUUCGCGCUCCAAUGCGCCUGCAGCCUCCGCUGGCCGCCAUAAAAUGCCGAAAUGUUCGCAGUUAUAAAAGUUUAUGAGUGCAGGCACCCAAAUGGGUAUUGCCCAAGCUCUGGGAUCCAGGACACAGGGUGGAAACUUGUCAGAACUUGGCACUCGGCCAGCUGGGAAAGUACGGAAAUGGAUAAGCAUGUGGCAUUCAUGGCCGUCACCGUGUUCUGGCUGCUCUUCGCCGUCCUUGGAUUCCUGGUGUCCUACCGCUUCGAGGAGCGUGGCAUAAUCCGGUGCUGCGUGAUCCUCACGGCCGUCUGCUGCUACCUGGCCUGGCUGGUCACCUUCCUGAUGCAGCUGAACCCGCUGGUCGGACCGCGGGGCAACCAGCGGGUGAUCAUGGGCAUGAUGACCUACUGGCCCAACUCCUUUAUCCACGAUCAGAAGGACCCUUGAUCCCGCUGGAGCUUGUAUAUUUUUAGUCUGGGAAAAAUGUUAGUUUUCGUGGAGUCAAUAUGGAUGUGAAAUGCAAAAAACAAGUUCGACGUAUUGUUUGUAAAUAAUUUAAAUGAAAUAUCCUUCUUUUGGAUCGCCUUUAAAUCUAAUAAAGUGAUAAUCCUGAUCUGCUCCAGUA